CUGGAAACGCCUUUACUGAGCAUCAUUUUGAAUUUUCAGGGCUCAAAUAAGCCGUUCAAGAAGGUAAUCAGAGCGAACCUUGGCGACGCGCAUGCAAUGGGUCAAAAGCCCAUUACUUUUAUUCGACAGGUGUUGGCGUGUGUAACGUUACCAGAGCUGAUUGAUAAGUAUGACUUCCCCAGUGACGUGAAACAGCGAGCUAAUGAACUGCUGGAUGCAUGUGGAGGAAGGUCAGUCGGAGCCUACAGCGCUUCAUACGGACUAGAAAUAAUUCGCAAAGACGUUGCCAAAUACAUCGAAGAGCGCGACGGGCACCCCAGCAAAUGGGAGGAUAUACUUAUAACGGCUGGUGCUUCAAUGGGCAUUAAAAGUAUUCUUGGCUUGUAUUGCCCAGGGAGCAAACCUGAUGGCGUAAUGAUCCCCAUACCUCAAUACCCCCUCUACUCGGCCUCUCUUGUCGAAUUCGGGCUAGAAGCCGUAGGCUAUUAUUUGGAUGAAGACAACGCCUGGGGGCUAGACAUGAACGAGCUGAACAAUGCACUGGAUAAGGCGAAGAAAACGUGCUCUGUGAAGUGUAUUGUUAUUAUAAAUCCUGGGAACCCUACGGGGCAGGUGUUGUCAAGGGAAAACAUUGAGUCAGUCAUCAAGUUUGCCCACGAGAACAAUCUGCUGAUAAUCGCGGAUGAAGUGUACCAGCACAACGUUUACGCUGAGGGCAGCAAGUUCCACUCGUUUAAGAAGGUGCUAAGAGAAAUGGGCGCUCCAUACACGGACGAAGUAGAAGUGACCUCUUUCAUGACGAUUAGUAAAGGCUACAUGGGUGAAUGCGGACUGCGGGGUGGAUGGCUGGAGAUCGUGAACAUGGAGCCGGCGGUGCAGGCGCACCUUUAUAAAGCAUUAUCCGCGAUGCUGUGUCCAACUGUACUUGGCCAGAUUGCCACAGAUACAGUUGCCAGACCACCAAAACAAGGAGAGCCUUCAUACGACCUCUUCAAUGAAGAGAAGACAGCUGUGUUGGAAUCCUUGAAGACGCGCGCUAAAAUGGUCGUCGAUACUUUCAACUCCAUGGAAGGAUUUAAAUGCAACCCCGUUCAGGGAGCCAUGUACUGCUUUCCACGAAUUCAGCUGCCACCAAAAGCGAUAGAGGCGGCCAAAGCUGACGGGAAGGCUGCUGAUGUAUUCUACGCCUUCGCUUUACUAGAAGAAACAGGAAUCUGUGUGGUGGCAGGCAGCGGUUUCAAGCAGCGACCAGGCACCUACCACUUUAGGACAACCAUACUACCACAGACAGAUGUACUCAAAGAAAUGCUCAAUAUAUUUCAAGACUUCCACCAGAAAUUCACUAAGAAAUAUGCCUAGU